GCUCACUUCAUCGGGCGGCGUUGAACGGUGCGGCUGGUUGUUUCGGGUUCGGGUUGGGUUCUUGGGUCUCCAUCAUUCUUCGUAGAGGCGCUGCGCAUGCGAAACAAAUAGAAAAGCAGAACCAAAAGUGCGAAAAGAACUAGAGCAAGAACGAAAAUAUACCUUCGAUGUGAGAAAAUCAAAAAUAAACAAAAAUUUAAGUGCAGUGCUCCGUUGAAAUGCAUUCCAAAUAAUGUGCAGAGAUUUUUACCACAUAUUAUUUACCUUUGUGCGUCGCCAGCAGUAUUAUUUGAGCAACAUUUUGACUUGGACUUAGUCGAUCGCAAUCGCUCAUCGCUUAUCACUUGCGCAAUACCGCAUUUACCUUACCCAAAAACAUUUCGUACCGCCUACAAAACGCCGACGCCGUGUGUUUUUCUUUUUACCUACAAACAGUAUCGAUUUGUUGGCUUUAUUUACAUACCGCUGCAGGCCUUAUCACACAGUGCCUUGCCCAUUAGCACAUUCUAAAAGAAAACCACUCCCGAGGAUUAUUCAAGCAAUUUGUGUGCGCCCAUCUCCGCUCGCCGAUAAGAUGACCACCAGAAUGGUAUCCAGGUGCAAUAGCGCCAUAAAUUGAAACUGCGUUCGGAACGCCACUAAGCUUAAUCAGAUUAGAAGCAGCCAUCGAAAAUCCCCGUUUUUCAUCCACGAUGAGUUCCCUGCGUCCGGCCAGUGUGUCUGAUACCACGCCGCUUCAGAGAUUUGAGAGUCAGAGCAGCAGCAGCGAAGAGCCUUCUUCACCGACGGCUUCUAGUAUUUUGGCCGCCGCUGCUGCAUCUUCAAACCAAACCGCCAACCAUAACAACAAUAAUAAUGUAAAACUGGACCUACAGCUGCCAACUUUCGUUGGAAACUCCGGUGGCCAUGCGGCAAUGUACAUGGUCCCCAAUGGCAACAAGCCACCAUUACGUGGUCCUCGGCAGAUCUUCGGAAGGAUUCUCAUGGACCUCUGUUUGCUCAGCUGCGUUGGUCUACCUAUGCUGGGAUUUUCCCUUUGGGGUGAAGCCUAUAACCGCGGAUUCUUCUGCAAUGAUUCUUCUUUGAAACAUCCGUAUAAAGAGUCCACGAUGCCCAGUUGGGUUCUCUACUUGAUGUGUGGCGUUUUGCCUUUUUCUGUGAUGCUUGUAGUCGAAUUUUUUAGGGCCCAGGACAAGCGUUUGCACAGUCCUUUUCAGAAAUAUAGCUUCGGUAGUGGCUAUCACAUUUGCCACUUGGAGUUGCCGACUUGGUUGUUGGAAUGCUAUCACAGAAUAGGAAUCUUUAUCUUCGGCUUGGGCGUAGAACAGCUAUCCACAAAUAUAGCCAAGUAUUCUAUUGGCCGACUGAGGCCUCACUUUUACACUCUCUGCCAACCCAUCAUGAUAGAUGGCACCAAUUGCAGUGAUCCCAUAAAUGCUGGACGUUAUAUCGAAAAAUUCACCUGUGCGGCGGUUGAUAUAACUUCAAAGCAAAUAAAGGAUAUGCGUCUGUCCUUUCCCAGUGGACAUGCAAGUUUUGCUUGCUUUUCCAUGCUCUACUUGGUGAUCUAUUUACAACGUAGAAUGCAUUGGAAUCGCUUGAGGAUGCUGCGUCAUUUGCUACAGUUUCUGCUGCUCAUGUUCGCCUGGUACACGGCUCUCUCCAGAGUUUCCGACUACAAACACCAUUGGUCUGAUGUCUUGGCAGGAUCUGGUAUUGGUCUUACCUAUGCCAUUAUAGUGACAUCUACUAUGUGGUAGGCUGGAUCCUUGACUUUAUGGGGGUUACAAACCCCUCAACCCCACCGCAUUGAGCUACUUUCGCUUUAAGAUGUCUUAUCUGCCGAAAUUUCAGUUUUAUCUUAGUUUUAACUUUGACCAUGUCUGCUAAGGAGUAUCUAUUUAUCUAUGUGUGAAGCAUUUUACUUAAUAAAUUUCAGUUUUAUGUGUUUUACCCUUAAA